ACAAAGGGAGUGGCUGGCAUUGGGAAAACAGUCUUAACACAGAAAUACAGCCUGGACUGGGCUGAAGACAAAGCCAACCAGGACAUCCAGUUCAUAUUUCCAUUCACUUUCAGAGAGCUGAAUGUGCUGAAAGAGGAAAAGUUCAGCUUGCUGGAACUUGUUCAUCACUUCUUUACUGAAACCAAAGAAGCAGGAAUCUGCAGCUUUGAAGACUUCCAGGUUGUGUUCAUCUUUGAUGGUCUGGAUGAGUGUCGACUUCCUCUGGACUUCCACAAAACUACAAUCCUAACUGACCCUAGAAAGUCCACCUCAGUGGAUGUGCUGCUGAUAAACCUCAUCAGGGGGAAACUUGUUCCCUCUGCUCGCCUCUGGAUAACCACACGACCUGCAGCAGCCAAUAAGAUCCCUCCUUACUGUGUUGGCAUGGUGACAGAGGUCAGAGGGUUCACUGAUCCACAGAAGGAGGAGUACUUCAGGAAGAGAUUCAGACAUGAGGAGCAGGCCAGCAGGAUCAUCUCCCACAUCAAGACAUCACGAAGCCUCCACAUCAUGUGCCACAUCUCAGUCUUCUGCUGGAUUACUGCUACAGUUCUGGAGGAUGUGCUGGAAACCAGAGAGGGAGGACAGCUGCCCAAGACCCUGACUGAGAUGUACAUCCACUUCCUGGUGGUUCAGGCCAAAGUGAAGAAGGUCAAGUAUGAUGGAGGAGCUGAGACAGAUCCACACUGGAGUCCAGAGAGCAGGAAGAUGAUGGAGUCUCUGGGAAAACUGGCUUUUGAUCAGCUGCAGAAAGGAAACCUGAUCUUCUAUGAAUCAGACCUGACAGAGUGUGGCAUCGAUAUCAGAGCAGCCUCAGUGUACUCAGGAGUGUUCACACAGAUCUUUAUAGAGGAGAGAGGACUGUACCAGGACAAGGUGUUCUGCUUCAUCCAUCUGAGUGUUCAGGAGUUUCUGGCUGCUCUUCAUGUCCAUCUGACCUUCAUCAACUCUGGACUCAAUCGGCUGGAAGAACAACAAACAACCUCCAAGUGGACUAAAUUCUUUAAAAAGACAAAGAGUUUAAAAUCUCUCCACCAGAGUGCUGUGAACAAGGCCUUACAGAGUCCAAAUGGACACCUGGACUUGUUCCUCCGCUUCCUCCUGGGUCUUUCACUGCAGACCAAUCAGACUCUCAUACUAGGCCUGCUGACACAGACAGGAAGUAGCUCACAGACCAAUCAGGAAACAGUCCAGUACAUCAAGGAGAAGCUCAGUGAGAAUCUGUCUGCAGAGAAAAGCAUCAAUCUGUUCCACUGUCUGCUAGAACUGAAUGAUCGUUCUCUAGUGGAGGAGAUCCAACAGUCCCUGAGAUCAGGACGUCUCUCCACAGAUAAACUGUCUCCUGCUCAGUGGUCAGCUCUGGUCUUCAUCUUACUGUCAUCAGAAAAAGAUCUGGAUGUGUUUGACCUGAAGAAAUACUCUGCUUCAGAGGAGGCUCUUCUGAGGCUGCUGCCAGUGGUCAAAGCCUCCAAUAAAGCCUUGUAAGUAUAUUUGUACUCAUGUCUUUACUUUUAACAUCCAACUGUGUCAGCAAUUUAUUUCACCAGGCUUUCUGUCUUUGAGCUGUUUUACCCACUUUCCCUUUAAGCACACCUUCCCUGGUCAUCUCUGAUAUGGUUGCAAUAAAAUUCGAUCUUGAC